AUGGAGUCUAGAAAACAAGAAUCAAGAUUAUCAGGAUUUCAAAUGACGAGUACACAAAGCCUGAGGAAAUCGGGCGAUAAAGCGUUCGUCUGUCCGAACAUUUGUGGAAAAAGUUACAAGUACAAGCAAAGUAUGAUGUUGCAUUUCCGCUACGAAUGUGGCCAAGAACCCAGAUUCAUGUGCUAUCCUCCCAAAGGUUGGGUUUUCUCCAAUGAUAUUUCCGGCUUGAAAAUGUUCGAGUGUUUGAAUAAUUGCGGAAAGCGGUACAAGUAUAAGCAAAGCAUGUUGUUGCAUUUUAGAAACGAAUGUGGUAAAUCUCCGGCGUACCAGUUGAGCUCAUACACCGAAAAAGGUGGACUAUUCGCCUGUCUUAACAAUUGUGGCAGAAUUUACAAGUACAAAAGAAGUAUGAUGUUACAUUACAAGAAAGAAUGCGGCAGAGAACCUCAGUAUAGGUGUUCGAUCUGCUUGAAGAAAUUUGCCCACCAAUGGGUUCUCAGACAACACGUAGCUCUUAGACAUAAUUUACUAAGCUCAUCUGCGACUGCAAAUACCGCGUCGAAUUUUACAUCGAACUAA